AAUCUGGUAUGUUAUCAAUGGAGGACUGCUACUUAGUCAACAAAAGAAUAAAGAAAUCGAUGUUAAUGUUGUUGAUCUUCUACAUUUAAGGCCAUGACUUGAAUAGAAGAUACUAAUUCGGUGAAAUGGCUGUUCAAGAUAAGCCAUUUAGAUUUGUAGAUUAUUUUGUUAUUUGUGGACUUGAUGAAAAUGCCGAUUUAGAACCAGAUAAACUUUCAGGUGAUACACAGCAAAGUCCACCACUUGAACGUCCAUAUAAAUCAAGAGUUCUUGCCCAUUUCCCUGAAAAUGUUACUUGGAAUCCUUUUGAUGAGAAUGCUGUUGGCAUGCUUUGUCUUCCAAGAGGAUUAUCUUUUAAAACCCAAUGGGACUCACGUCAACCAAAGUUUCACUCUUUUGUCAUUACCCGUGAAAAUGGCUCCAAAGCUUAUGGAUCUGCUCUCAUAUUUUAUGAAGAGGUCAUGGCAAAAUCUGUUUUGGACACAAUGCAGACAUUGCAUGCAAUGCAUCAAGCCAAUGUUGCUGUCAAAUUUUCUCUAGACAGUCCUGAACCUGUUAGGAGAAUAAUGUCAGAGCGGAAGAGCAAACAGUGUCCAUUUGAUGCUGUUAGAGACAAACUGUUUGUUAGUAAAUGUAUUUGUCUAGUCACACCAAUGCCUUUUGUGAGAUCUUGUCAGCAGUUUUUGUAUCAACUUUAUGAGGCAUCCCAGAAACCUAGUCAGCUUACAAUGACGCUAGAAUCAUAUGUUUUUAACAUAAUUUAUGAUGUACCACUUCCACCAUCUGGACGCAGCAUGCAGUUUUUUAGUUGUGCCAGUCCUAUUUAUGUGAUCAGGCCAAGUACAGAUGACCUCCCUUUACUUGAUUUCUCCUUGUAUGACAUGUUUAAACUACUAGGUAUUGAUGGAGUUGUGGAUAUUUUCAAAUGCGUCCUUCUUGAACAUCAGAUACUGUUAUAUUCAUCUGAUUACCAGCGUCUGAUGCUUGUUGCAGAAGGAAUGACUUCACUGAUCUUUCCAUUUCAGUGGCAACUAGUCUAUGUGCCUAUUUUACCUGCAUCCAUGCAGCACUUUCUAGAUGCACCUGUACCAUUCAUUAUGGGCCUUUACAAAGUAUCAAACACUGAUAAAUCACAAUUAGUCCUUCCUUCAGAGGCCAACAUGUGUUUUGUUGAGAUUGAUAACAAAAAUAUUGAUUUCCCUGAAGACCUUCCAAUGUUCCCAUACCAAAAUGAACUGAAAAUUGAACUUACUCAGGUUAUUAAUAAGUAUCAGAAUAUUAUAGGUGCUGAAACUAUGUCUAGAAGUUAUCCUACAACACCCAGAAGAGAGACUGGAUAUAAAUCUUCAUCAGGUCUUCGUCCUGAUGAUACAUCGAACACAAACACAGGGAGUUGGCCAAACUCUCCUAAGAGGAAAGAAAUUCUCCAGAACAGUGAAGCCUGGAAAAAAAUUUCUAGCAUUGCCAAGAAAACUGGGGUCUGGGACUCCAUAGAGGAUAUAGUAUUGGAAGAUAGUGCGCCAGGAGACAAUGACAGAGAAAAGGACAGUAUUGAUGGUGGCAGCGGAAUGCCGUCUUGUGAGGUCAACACUUUGAAAUUCAACAAUGCUGUGAGAGAAAUAGUGCUCAACUGUUUUGUUCACAUGUUUUCAUCUUAUGAGAACUUUGUGAUUAAUCCUUCUCAGGACCUUGAGUCCUGGCUCAGCAACAGAGAGACUAUUCAUAACUUUGACAAGGCAGCUUUCCUCAGUGACCAGCCUGCCUCACAUCUUCCAUUCCUGUCGGCUUUCAUUGAGACGCAGAUGUUCACCACAUUGAUGGACAACAAAAUAGUGUCUCAGUGGGAGGAGACUGACCCAGGCCUUCAAUUGUUUGAUGCCAGAAUUAAAAAUUUGAAAGAUGCUGCUGGUGGAGAGCCUAGAAUCAUAACAUACAGUCCUUGCAGCACAAUGGAGAGAACUGAACAAAGUUUAGAGAAGAAGGCGAAAAACAUCAACUUCAUUGCUUGUAAGCCUCAUGAAAUUGCUAGUCAUAUCUCACCCAGUCAGUAUGUUGGCGGAGUGUUUCCACUGCUAAGUAAAGAAUUACUCAACUCUGAGCCUGCCAACUCCAAAUCCAAGUUUCGAGAGAAUGCAAAGUGGAGAAGAAAAGAUAGACAACUACAGCACAAAGAACACCUUCAGACAAAUGUGGAAGCUGACCAACAAGAGUUUCCAGUUGAAGAAAAAAAGAUUUCAUUAUGGGUUCAAUACUUGCGCAUUCGUAAACCUCAACUCCCAGACAUGUCUCAGGCUGGAACUGCACAGACCAACUGGAAGUUUGUGGAAACAUUACUCAAAGAAUGUAAAACAAAAACCAAGAAGAUGCUGGUGGACAAAAUGGGACAAGAAGCUGUGGAAUUAGGUCAUGGCGAAGCCAGUAUAAUUGGAGUAGAAGAGAACACAUUGAUCGCCAGCCUCUGUGACUUGCUUGAAAGAAUUUGGAGCCAUGGCUUGCAGGCUAAAAAGGGCAAGUCAGCUGUAUGGUCUCAUUUACUGAGUUACCAGGAGACUGAAGAAAGCAGUGAUAACAAACCAGUGGAUCCCAAGCUCUUGACACCAGGUCUACCCAAGCGUCAUAGUUUGAUAGAUAUCAAAUCAUUGGUUGACAGCUCAUUCACAAUUCUGGGUCGCUCCAUUUCCCUCAGCAGUUUUUUACCAAAAGAUCAAAAUAAUUAUUGGGAGAACAGGAAAGAAAUAGAUUUAUCAAACAUCGGUAUGGACCCUGACAAAGUUCAACAGGAAAGAGGUUCUGAGAAAACACACAGGAGACGUGGCAGUCAGGGAAGAAUAGAAUUGCCCGUGUUGAGACCAAUGCCAAAGUCUUUACUCAUUGACAUGAAGAAAAUUCAGCAAAUGUCAGACAUUCAUACAGAUGUUGGUAAAACAAGGGCAUUAAUCAGAUUAGCUCUGGAGAGGAAAAUGUUGUCUGCUCAUUUGAAACAGUUACUUUCUAACACAGAUCUUCUAAGGAACUUGUACAAACGUUAUGCUUUCUUGAGAUGUGAAGAUGAAAGAGAACAGUUCUUGUAUCACCUUUUAUCACUCAAUGCUGUAGACUUUUUCUGUUUCACAAACAUCUUUCCAAACUCAGUUGUUCCAUACCGUAUUCUUGUGUACCCAAGCACAAAGCUUGGCUGCUCAACAACUAGCGCUAAUGUCUGGAUCUCACUUGCUGGCCAAAUGGGAGAAACUGGAUCAAUGGAGCUUCCAAAGAGUUUGUUAGAGAUGAACUUUGAGCACAAAAAUCUUGGAAUUCUGACCACAUUACGUAUAGGGCAUGAUAAUAGUGGUAUGAUGCCUCGAUGGCUUGUGGAAUAUGUAUUGGUCAGAAAUGAGUUAACUGGACAUACAUACAGGUUUAAUUGUGGACGCUGGCUAGGGAGAGGUAUAGAUGAUGGUAGUACAGAGAGACUUUUGGUGGCUGAGUUGAUGCAUCACACCAUUGAUACAGAAGAUGAAGUUGUUGUGACAUCUCCUCCAAGAACCUGUUCACCUAAAUCUCCCAGGAAGUCUCAUGAUGCCAACUCUGGUUUGGCAGACAUUCAAGAAAAUCUUGGUCAAGCUGUGAAUAAUUUGGUGAAGCAUUUUUACAAGCCUGAAAAAGAGCGUGGCAACAUUACUUAUCUCCUGUGCGGUGACAAAGGACUUGUACAUUGUAUGGAACAAGUGUUUCAGUUUGGCUUCAGAUCUUCCAGACUUUUUAGAAAUAAAAUAUUUAUUUGGGAUUACAUGGAGCGGCUUAAAACCUUUUUUGAAAGUGCUCUGUCAGGGAACACAAGUCACCAGUUAAAUGAAGUGACUAAAGCAGGUUACUGGCUGUUCUGUGAUUUAGUUGGAAAGAUUAAUACAGCAUCAGAUACAGUUGGGAAGGAUGGCAAGUUCCAAGUCUUCAUCUGUGUGGGAAUCAGGAAACGUUGCCUUCAUCGCUGGUUGCCACUCAUGGCUGACACGACUGUGACAGCUCAAAUGUAUGAGGAGAACUCUUUUCUGCGCAACCAGGCUCAUAUCAACUUUGUCAUGCACAUCCUGGACUCCUUGACAGAGUUUGACAUUCCACUAGAGACAUCGUUACUUAGAGGCAUUGACCUCGGCAUGUAGUUAUACUCUGGUCUUCUUGUUUCAUUUCUAGUUUCUAAUCAGGUAGAGGGUUAGUAAAUUGGACUUUCAAAAGAAAGAUUGGAAUUUGACCAUUUUAGAUAUUUAUUAUGGUUUUAUAAAUUGCAGCUGAAUGCUAGGGCACAUGGUGACUAAAAAGUUGUUUUUUUUUUGGUCAGAAUUUGAGUCAUUCUUUGGUCCACACAAUUCUGAUUUUAAAGUGAAAAGCAGUCAGUCAUUUUGCAAAUUACUUUAAAAUAGCAUCCUUAUAAAUAAUUGUCCUCACAAUGGGAGUUCUCUCCUUCACCUAUAGACUGUCAAGUCUCCCAAAAGAAAUUUUUAUAACAAAGCUCCAUUCUGGAGGUAAAUAAAAUAUAUACAUGUUUACUGAUAGAACAAUGUGUGUGUGUGUGUGAGCUUGAAUUCUACUUAGCAAUGAGUAUUUAAAUCUACAUUGUUUAGUAAUAGUAACAAACUAAAUCAAUAUUUUAUAAGGGCAUGAACUUUCACAAAAAUAAAGGACAGUAUGUCAUUCACUGCCUCAUUGACCAGAUAACCAACAGGAAUGUAAACUAUGCAAAUAUUAAACUUGAAUAACUAACACAAUCACUCGCAGUUUUCGUCUUUAAUUCUCUUGUACAUUUAUACAUUAAUAUUUUCUUCUUUAAUGAUUCUAAUUUUGUAAGAUAGCUCAAAGAGUUCCACUUCAGGACAUUUUGACUUUGUCUAAUUUGUAUACUUAUUCACACAGUUUCUGGUUCAUCCUUGUGUCUGCUUCACUAGACUCUAGAAAUACUUCUCACAUUAUUAAACUUUACAAUCUUUGUGACAACUGAUCUUUAGGUUUAUAGAACUCAUUUUAGUGACCUUCCUUGCCCUUUGACAGGUUUUUUGUUUUAUUAUCUUCUUUUAAGGGAGAGCUAGAGUAGACAACAAACUCUUUUCUAUGACAUUUUUUUUUCUUAUAUAUUAUUGGUUUCUGUUAUGUAUGUUGAUCAGUUGUCAGUAUUAUAGUUAGUUGAGUCACAGGUCUUGGUCCACACUCAAAUUUUGUUUUCUAUAAAAACAAUAGAUGAUUAUGAAUGUUAGCUUGCGAGAUUCUACAUUGCAUGUUUAAAAUCUUUUAAAUAUACUAAUGUUGAUUACAGCUGGAGAGACAUUGCUGUUUGGCUUUCUUUCUCCUUUUUCUUUGCUCUUCUCUCUCUCUAGUUCUUUCUCUUUUGUUACAUUUAAAAUGUUGAAAUUUGGUUCCUUAUUUUCUUAAAUACAAAAUUUCAUUUUCCAUUUUUGUUGUGAACACAAAUUGAAGGAUAUGUUUGGCACUUCUUGCUUUCUGUUCUCUUCCAUUCUGUUUUGUUCUCUCUUUGUCUUUAAACUUCAGAUGUGUCAAACCAGCAGUCAAUGAAUGCGUUCACUAUUAAUGUUUGUUUCUUAAUUCUUUUCAUUUCUUUAUGUGUACAUAGAUUUAUCUUUUUUUGUUUUUUGUGAUGUAUAUUAAAAAUUUAAUAUUGAUGUUUAAAACUCUCUUUUAGCUAGUGCAUAAGAACAAAUACAAAAUAUCAUAUAAAUUAUUUAGUUUUGUACUCUUUGUCUUCAUUUAACUAUUUCAAUUUUUUUUUUUUUUUUUGUUAAUAUUUCAAAGAUUUAACAUUUUUGUUACCUAGCAGUAGUCUCUAGAUUCACACUUUUUUUUUUUACUAUUAAUUUUUUUUUAGAUCUUAUUAAAAUUUUUAUUAAAAACCAGACUUCUUUUAACAUGGUUGAUGAAAAAAAUUCUAAUCUCUACAUAUAUUGUUAUGUCUACACUUACAUGUUAAUGUUGUUUGCUUUGUGCAUAGAGUUGUGUAGUGCUGGCAUUAGAACUCUUUGUUUUGGUAAGUUUAUAUAUUGAAACUUAUGACAUCCACAUUUCAAGAAAGAUGUGUAUACUAAAGUUCACCUUGUUGACCUGACCUUCUGUUUUCUUUGUUGAUCCAACAUUUUUUGCAUCAUUUUAUUGUUGACUCAUGUUCCCAUUUAUUUCCUGGAAUCUCAUUUUCAUUGUUUUCAUUUCAUCACUUUUUUUUUUGAUGAUCAUGUGAUCUUACACCAAUCUAUUUGAAACUGAUGAUCAUGUGCUCUUACACCAAUCUAUUUUAAACCUUAUCUUUUCAAUAAAAUUUUGAAAUAGCUUUCCACCAAUGUUGGUUAUAUCCAAAUGAUUUAUUUAUGAUACAAUUGUCUCCAAGUCUAACAGCAUACACAAUAUGAUCUGCUAGAAACUGAUUUGUUAUGUCUAGUCACUGCCUUGAUGUUAAGGGAUACAAUAAACUAGUUAUUUUGUUAAUGCUUCGCUUUUAGAGGAUACACAAUUAUGAGUCAAAUUUGUGAAAUUAUUAAUUUAUUUUGAAUUACCUAAUUGUGUUUAGCCUGAAUUGGAACAUGUUAGCUACUUCUUGUAUACAUGACAUAAGGAUGAACACCUAACAAUGAGUCUUAAUAACUGACGUGUGAAGUAGGACCAUUGAGACAGAAUUCAUUGCAGUGUACAAACUUGGCUCACAUUCAAGGGAUGAACCACAAUGAAACACAGGGUCAAAACAUAUAAAUAGAUUCUGAGUUCAUUUUGUUUUUUAGCAACUGAAAGAAAAGAAAUGUUCCUGUAAAACUAUUGUAUGGAGUUAUUGUAAGAAUUAUGCUAUUGUUGUUUUUUUUUCAAUAGAACUAGGGAAUGUAGAUUUCAAUGACAUUGUUUGCUAUAUUAUGAUGGGUGCAUGAUUCUCUUACUGCUAUACAUUGUUUUUGAAUGUUUGCCAUUGUUAUCAUGAACUUAUGUGAUCCACUGACUAGACAAACUCAGCUAACUGAGCCAUUCCAUAGCUAUGUCCACACUUUUGUUUUCAAAUAUAAAACUCAAAAAACUGUGUACAGAAAUGAAAACCUUGUAUGUUUUUGUUGUAGUGCUCUAACUACUAGUGUACUCUCUCAUCUGCUAACACAAUGGUUGGAUUGCCUUGUUGCUCAUUUAGGAAACUGUUCUAGAGGUGAAAUAAAUAUUUCAGAAUGAUA